AUGAAAAAACAUACUGGUGGAAAGCCACCUUAUAGGCUUACUCCUUAUAUUGAGGUCCUAUUAAUACAAGUAAAAAAGUCUAAUAAAGCUGCAGUGUGUAAGGCAUGUAUUAAUAAAUUAGGAAGAGAAUUGACAUUAGAAAGAUCUGUAUUUACUAAUACUAAAGCUUGUGUUAAAGCACAUUUAAAAAAGUGUAAACAGUUUGCUAUGGAAUAUACUGAAAAAGAACGGUCUGAAAUCAUAUAUGCAUCAGAAGAAGAAAAUCAACAUAUGGAUAUAUCAUCAAUUGCAACUUCAAGUAGUUCUUUUUCAAGUUCUUCCGAAACAAUUAUAACUCCUUAUAAAAAUAUCCCACACACUAUAUGGAAUACACAAAAGCGGUCAACAAAAAAUUUUAUUGAGAAUUAUCUUAUUCGUAAUUUAAAUCCAGCAGAAUAUAUCAUAUUUGAGCAUCAUUUAUUAAAAAUAACUAUAAGUAAUGGCUGGGCAUUUAGAUGGAUUGAGAAUCCUGAAGUUAUUGCUCUUUUUAAAUUUCUUAAUCCAAUAUUUCUUUGCCUGGACGUUGAGCUCUUGCUGAUCGUAUUUUAA